UGCCAGGAGUCAUUAUUGCCCAUGAUUCAUGUCAAGAAAAGUCUGCCUUCAGUCGCGGCCACGUGUCCCGAGAGCGAGCAGAUCCACUGCGGAACCAGCGAUCGCUGCACGAGGAUCCGCUACAUCUGCGACGGAGACAACGACUGCGGCGACUAUUCCCACGAGGAGAGCGCCAUCUGCGGGGCUUGGCGCAAUGAGUACUGCGAGCGAGGCUCCGUCAGGUGUCGCAGGAUGGGAGACACCAACUGCGUCACCAUCAGCCGCUACUGCGAGCUCUCCGACCCGCCGUGUGAGGGGGACCUGGACAUGCGUCUGUGCCAGAUGUUGAGGGAAGAACAACUUCGACCUCUUGAAGAGAUCAUCCUGCCGUCAGAAGAAUCUGCUGUGAGACACUCAACCGUGGAAGAGGUCGAGGCUUUGGGAGAAGAAUUCCUUGAAAAGAUCAACACUACCAUCAGGCACCCCGACUGCCCUCAGUUCUACACCCGUGUGGGCGAUCGGUGCCUGUCCAUCUUCUUCUUUGGAAAGGUCAACUGGGGAGAAGCUCGUUCCUUCUGCAAGGUGAUUGGCGGCGACCUUCUCACCCUCCAUGACGGCGCAGAGAAGUUCCACGAACUCGUCCACCUCCUCCGCGAGCACC